AUGGCAGCCUCAAAGCCACAGUUCUGGCGCACGUCUCUUCAAUCAUUUCAUGUUUAUCUGAGCACAAAUCGUUGGUUGGUCUACUAUUCUGUUCAAAUCGUCGAUAAUAUGAGUGUUAAUGACCCAAACGAAACCCUUGAUUCCAGAGUAUUCGGUAGAAAUCGCUACAAGUUCCUGGCACUCACCGCCAUUAUCCUCCUUGCUCUCUGGUCAAUUCUUACAAGCACCGUUACUCUUCGCUUUUCCGCCGGCAGCUUCUCCGACGACAUCGCCGGUGGCUCCCUUAUCCUCGACGAUUUCGACAUCAUUGAAAUCGAGGCGCGGGAGAAGGCGGUGAAGCAUAUGUGGGAUGCGUAUAUCAACGAUCGGCGAAUCAAAUUGCAACCGUUCUGGCAGGCGGCGUUUGUGGCUGCUUAUGAGGAUUUAUCCGGUGAUGUGGCGGAGGUGAGAGAAGCUGCGAUAUCAGAGAUUGCUAAGAUGUCUUUCUAUUCUACCGAUAUUCAUCUUCCAGAUCUCGAAAUCGAAUCAACGGAUUUACAGUUACAAGAACUACUCGCAUGAAAUUAGGGUAUGACUUGAAGAAGAACACAGGAUCAAAUUCAAGAAGAGCUUCCCCACUUUCUGAAAAACUGUAGCAAGUUUUAUACAAUUUUGUAUUUUUUGCGUAAUGGAAAAUUUUAUAUCUUUUUUUUUUUGGGUAAAUAACAUUAUAACAUUUUGUAUUUAUUUGGUUACCAAUCACAAAAAAAGCAUUUUUUCUGAUAUAAUGGAACCAAG